CAACAACGACAAAUAAUAGUAAAUAACGUUAAAAUAAUUUACAUAUUUUUAAAAAUGUCUGUGACAAUAGACCCUAGGGAUGUUUUAUCUUAUUUAAACGAACUCGGAUAUACAAAUAUAAGUGCACAACAACUAAAAGAAUUCAUUAUAGAUCUCAAAAAAAUUAUCAAAUAUGAAUGGAAACGGAUGAAGCAUUUAGAACAAAACGAACAUAGCAACAAUACAUUAUCAACAGUACAUAGUAGUAUAAGCACGAAGUUUCAAGAAGAAUCGUCAGUAAAACAAAAAUCCACUAAAUCAUCUAAACCCGAUAUAUUCGAAACGCUCUACAACUUACCAACAGAAGCGUUUAAAGCGAAAAUUGCCAAUAAACCAGAUAAACCACCAAUUGCUAUACACAUUAAGCAAUCGAAGAAAAAAAUUCCGAGUCACGAUCACUGCGUACACGUAGAAAAUGUAAACGCUCGCGAACAAACGAAUAUAAAUGAUAAAAUCUGUUCUGACUGUUGUAAAGCUUCAGUAGAGACCACUGAGAAGCUGAACAAUGAAGAAAGCAAAACUGACCCUUCUAAAACUGACACAGAACUCGAAUCCGGUAGAACGAGUGGCUUGAGACCUAAUUCGAAACAAAGCCGAACAUCAUCUAGUAAAAGUACAAAAUUGAAAAAGUCCAAAACGCAAGUUUUGAGGGCUCCAUCGAGGAAAACCAUUAGCAAAUCUGACCCAGUUGCUUUAUAUCAAGAAUACCAGAAGCAAUGGAAAACCAUCAAAUUUCCAGGUGAACAAAGCCAUUUGGAUUUACGAUGGGCCAUUAGGGAAAAACUUAUGGACGGUCCAGUUGUUGAAAUAAAAAAGAAACCCAGCGCUAAGAAAAUACCAUUCACAUAACGACUCUUUAGUUACUAAGAUUAAAGUGUUUUGAGUAACAAUAAACGAUUGAAUUUAGUGUUAUUAAUCCGCAGAUUGCUCAACUAGUAAUACCAAAAAAAAACCACCUAAAAGGUGAACGAUCUAAAACAACAUUUAUGUAAGAUUUUUUU